UAAACCAGGUUCAGAAACUGCAAGAGUUCACCCAGCAGGACUUAGAGCUGACCGUAUUUACGUCACCAGCGUUUUUCAAGUUGAAAUUAAUCGCCAACAAAGAAAGAUAGAAAUGAACACACCAAGAGAACAAGAAAGGAUGGACCAACAGUCAAAUCUGGUCACUAUUAAUACACUUCGCCCAGUUGUCUGCAUGUUCCUGGACCGCAUCACGUCAGGAACAUGGGAAACAGUGCAGACGGGGCGUUUAGACGAGGAGACAAAGACUAUCCUCACAGAUAUGUUUGUGGAUAUCCUGGAGAUUGUUGCUAAAUCUCUCCUGGAGUUAUUGAGGAACAGGCUAACAGAGGAGGAGAGAGGAGCCCAGAAGAGCCCUGAAGUAUCAGAGGAGGAAGUGUACAAGCGUCUGGGUAACCUGGGUGAGAUUGUCACACAGACUGUGGCGGAGGUGCAAGGUGUAGGUAACAUCCGUUACUCGCGCACACAGGAGAUGACGGAGCUUCUAGUCGCAGGAGUCACAGAGAGAGUCAACUCCAAACUCUCGCAAAGCUGCUACGGAGAAGACGUCGAGGAGCACAAGACUUCUCCGGGGAUGGCAAAGAAGAUGGCUUUACAUUUCAAGAAGAUCUUGAGGAAAUGUGCUACGAAAAUGUCAAAGAUGCUUUCAAGAAAGAAGGCUGAGCAAGAGCAGGAGGAGGAGGAGGAGGAGCAUGAAGGAGAGGUUAGAUCUGUUCAAAGAGAGGAGGAGGAGGAGGUCAUGUCAGUCACACAGACCCCUGGAACAUCUCUGCAACAAGACAAACCAAGCUGUGUUGAGUCUAAAGCCAAUGCAUUUACUAAAUCAGUAAUAUCUGUGAAGACCAUCUUGGAGGAACACUUGAGACAGAUAGAUGGUGCUGCUGAUGGAGACGGUCUGAUUACAGAGGAAGACAUGGAGCAGCUUAACUUAAAAUCCUCCCAGGAUUCAAAGGUAGUAGCAAUACAGAUUGUUGAUAUCCUGACAAAUAGCUCUCAACAGGAUGUGGUUAGCACACCGAAUGAACAGGACAAAUCAAAGACAGUGACACCAACCAGAAAAUCACUCAGGAAGAGGAUCGCCAGCAAAAUCAAGGCUCUCUUUAUCAGAAAAUACGCCAGAGAGUCAAUCCUGAGCGUGAUGACCAAACUGAGUGACAAGGAAACCUCAAGUCAAAGAGAGAUAGAAGAGGAACUAUCAGUGGAGAUUCUUCUUAACAGUGUUCAUGAACUCGUGGACGACAUGAUGUCAAAGGUAGUUCUGGAAACCGGAAGCAGUUCAGAAGAGGAUUGCCUGUUUGAGAAACUUGCCAGCUACAUUUCCAGUGGAAAGCAUGGCAGUGAUGCUGAGGUGCUGAGUGAAGCCCUGGCUGAUCAUCUGAUACCUGAAGAAGACAUUGAAGUACAGUCUCAGGUGGAGAUCCGGACAGAAGUAAAGGGUUUCAUGAAGAGGAUGAAGAACUGGCUCAUUCAGCAGGUACAAAAGUGCAAAGGAAAGAAGGGAAACAUCAGUAUUGCUGUGAAACAGAUCUCAAAGGUUGUGAGCAUUCAGCCAGAAGAAACGAGUGCUCUGGAAGAAGAGACAGAGACUUUGACCUACAUCAAACCUAAGAAUAAGUCAAGCCAAAGUUCCACAUCUCAGUGUAAGGAGGAGGAGGUCCCGGCAGUCACACAGACCCCUGUAACUUCUCUUCAAGAAGACGAUAAAAGCAGUGUUGAGUCUAAAGCCAAUGCAUUUAUUAAAUCAGUAAUAUCUGUGAAGACCAUCUUGGAGGAACACUUGAGACAGAUAGAUGGUGCUGCUGAUGGAGACGGUCUGAUUACAGAGGAAGACAUGGAGCAGCUUAACUUAAAAUCCUCCCAGGAUUCAAAGGUAGUAGCAAUACAGAUUGUUGAUAUCCUGACAAAUAGCUCUCAACAGGAUGUGGUUAGCACACUGAAUGAACAGGACAAAUCAAAGACAGUGACACCAACCAGAAAAUCACUCAGGAAGAGGAUCGCCAGCAAAAUCAAGGCUCUCUUUAUCAGAAAAUACGCCAGAGAGUCAAUCCUGAGCGUGAUGACCAAACUGAGUGACAAGGAAACCUCAAGUCAAAGAGAGAUAGAAGAGGAACUAUCAGUGGAGAUUCUUCUUAACAGUGUUCAUGAACUCGUGGACGACAUGAUCUCAAACGUAGUUCUGGAAACCGGAAGCAGUUCAGAAGAGCAUUGCCUGUUUGAGAAACUUGCCAGCUACAUUUCCAGUGGAAAGCAUGACAGUGAUGCUGAGGUGCUGAGUGAAGCCCUGGCUGAUCAUCUGAUGCCUGAAGAAGACAAUGAAGAAAUGUCUCAGGUGGAGAUCCGGACAGAAGUAGAGGGUUUCAUGAAGAGGAUGAAGAACUGGCUCAUUCAGCAGGUACAAAAGUGCAAAGGAAAGAAGGGAAACAUCAGUAUGGCUGUUCAAGAGAUCUCAAAGGUUGUGAGCAUUCAGCCAGAAGAAACGAGUGCUCUGGAAGAAGAGACAGAGACUUUGACCUACAUCAAACCUAAGAAUAAGUCAAGCCAAAGUUCCACAUCUCAGUGUAAGGAGGAGGAGGUCCCGGCAGUCACACAGACCCCCGUAACUUCUCUUCAAGAAGACGAUAAAAGCAGUGUUGAGUCUAAAGCCAAUGCAUUUAUUAAAUCAGUAAUAUCUGUGAAGACCAUCUUGGAGGAACACUUGAGACAGAUAGAUGGUGCUGCUGAUGGAGACGGUCUGAUUACAGAGGAAGACAUGGAGCAGCUUAACUUAAAAUCCUCCCAGGAUUCAAAGGUAGUAGCAAUACAGAUUGUUGAUAUCCUGACAAAUAGCUCUCAACAGGAUGUGGUUAGCACACUGAAUAAACAGGACCAUUUAAAGACAGUGACACCAACCAGAAAAUCACUCAGGAAGAGGAUCGCCAGCAAAAUCAAGGCUCUCUUUAUCAGAAAAUACGCCAGAGAGUCAAUCCUGAGCGUGACGACCAAACUGAGUGACAAGGAAACCUCAAGUCAAAGAGAGAUAGAAGAGGAACUAUCAGUGGAGAUUCUUCUUAACAGUGUUCAUGAACUCGUGGACGACAUGAUGUCAAAGGUAGUUCUGGAAACCGGAAGCAGUUCAGAAGAGGAUUGCCUGUUUGAGAAACUUGCCAGCUACAUUUCCAGUGGAAAGCAUGGCAGUGAUGCUGAGGUGCUGAGUGAAGCCCUGGCUGAUCAUCUGAUACCUGAAGAAGACAAUGAAGUAAAGUCUCAGGUAGAGAUCCGGACAGAAGUAGAGGGUUUCAUGAAGAGGAUGAAGAACUGGCUCAUUCGGCAGGUACACAAGUGCAAAGGAAAGAAGGGAAACAUCAAUAUGGCUGUGAAACAGAUCUCAAAGGUUGUGAGCAUUCGGCCAGAAGAAACGAGUGCUCUGGAAGAAGAGACAGAGACUUUGACCAACAUCAAACCUAAGAAUAAGUCAAGCCAAAGUUCCACAUCUCAGUGUAAGGAGGAGGAGGUCCCGGCAGUCACACAGACCCCCGUAACUUCUCUUCAAGAAGACAAACCAAGCAGUGAUGAGUCUGAAGCCAAUGCAUUUAUUAAAUCAGUAAUAUCUGUGAAGACCAUCUUGGAGGAACACUUGAGACAGAUAGAUGGUGCUGCUGAUGGAGACGGCCUGAUUACAGAGGAAGACAUGGAGCAGCUUCAUUCAAGAUCCGACCAGGAUUCAGAGGAACUAGCUAUAGAGAUUGUUGAGAUCCUGACAAAUAGCUCUCAACAGGAUGUGGUUAGCACACAGAAUGAACAGGACAAAUCAAAGACAGAGACACCAACCAGAAAAACACUCAAGAAGAGGAUCACCAGCAAAAUCAAGGCUCUCUUAAUCAGAAAAUACGCCAGAGAGUCAAUCCUGAGCGUGACGACCAAACUGAGUGACAAGGAAAACUCAAGUGAAAGAGAGACAGAAGAGGGAUCAUAUUCAGAGACUCUGCUUGACAGUGUUGAUGAACUCAUGAACGACAUGAUGUCAAAGGUAGUUCUGGAAACCAGAAGCAGUACAAAAGAGGAUUGCCUGUUUGAGAAAUUUGUCAGCUACAUUUCCAGUGGAAAGCAUGAUAGUGAUGCUGAGUUGCUGAGUGAAGCCCUGGCUGAUCAUCUGAUGCCUGAAGAAGACAAUGAAGAAAUGUCUCAGGUGGAGAUCCGGACAGAAGUAGAGGGUUUCAUGAAGAGGAUGAGGGACUGGCUCAUUCAGCAGGUACAAAAGUGCAAAGGAAAGAAGGGAAACAUCAGUAUGGCUGUUCAAGAGAUCUCAAAGGUUGUGAGCAUUCAGCCAGAAGAAACGAGUGCUCUGGAAGAAGAGACAGAGACUUUGACCUACAUCAAACCUAAGAAUAAGUCAAGCAAAAGUUCCACAUCUCAGUGUAAGGAGGAGGAGGUCCCGGCAGUCACACAGACCCCCGUAACUUCUCUUCAAGAAGACAAACCAAGCAGUGUUGAGUCUAAAGCCAAUGCAUUUAUUAAAUCAGUAAUAUCUGUGAAGACCAUCUUGGAGGAACACUUGAGACAGAUAGAUGGUGCUGCUGAUGGAGACAGUCUGAUUACAGAGGAAGACAUGGAGCAGCUUCAUUCAAGAUCCGACCAGGAUUUAGAGGAACUAGCAAUAGAGAUUGUUGAGAUCCUGACAUAUAGCUCUCAACAGGAUGUGGUUAGCACACAGAAUGAACAGGACAAAUCAAAGACAGUGACACCAACCAGAAAAACACUCAAGAAGAGGAUCGCCAGCAAAAUCAAGGCUCUCUUAAUCAGAAAAUACGCCAGAGAGUCAAUCCUGAGCGUGACGACCAAACUGAGUGACAAGGAAACCUCAAGUGAAAGAGAGACAGAAGAGGGAUCAUAUUCAGAGACUCUGCUUGACAGUGUUGAUGAACUCAUGAACGACAUGAUGUCAAAGGUAGUUCUGGAAACCAGAAGCAGUACAAAAGAGGAUUGCCUGUUUGAGAAAUUUGUCAGCUACAUUUCCAGUGGAAAGCAUGACAGUGAUGCUGAGUUGCUGAGGGAAGCCCUGGCUGAUCAUCUGAUGCCUGAAGAAGACAAUGAAGAAAUGUCUCAGGUGGAGAUCCGGACAGAAGUAGAGGGUUUCAUGAAGAGGAUGAGGGACUGGCUCAUUCAGCAGGUACAAAAGUGCAAAGGAAAGAAGGGAAACAUCAGUAUGGCUGUUCAAGAGAUCUCAAAGGUUGUGAGCAUUCAGCCAGAAGAAACGAGUGCUCUGGAAGAAGAGACAGAGACUUUGACCUACAUCAAACCUAAGAGUGACAAAAGAGUGAAGAGGGUGACAUUCGCCCCUGAGUGGGCAGUACCCCAACGAUCCACACCUGACCAUGCAGUACCCCAACCAUCCACAUCUCAGUGUGCAGUACCCCAAAGAUCCACACCUGAGCGUGUAGUACCCCAACCAUCCACAUCUCAGUGUGCAGUACCCCAAAGAUCCACACCUGGGCGUGUAGUACCCCAACCAUCUAUACUUGACCUUACAGUGCCCCAAAAAUCCACACCUGAGCGUGUAGUACCCCAACCAUCCACAUCUCAGUGUGCAGUACCCCAACAAUCCACACCUGAGCGUGUAGUACCCCAACCAUCCAUACUUGACCUUACAGGACCCCAACGAUCCACACCUCACACCCCCAAACUCCAAAACUGGGACCAACUGACAUGUGAAAUCAUUGUGUUGGAGCUGUCACGCACAAUCCUGAAAGAUCUCCCCAUCGAUCAGACCCACAGCGCCUACAAAGCCACCGUAGCCAAGUUGACCAACAUGCUCUGGACAGAGGUAAGAGGCUCAGAAGUUGGAGUGGAUUUAAGUUCAGUGAACUUGAAGAAGAUCUGCAAGAAGGUUGCCAAGGAGCUGUCUAAGAAGGUAGGUGAUGCGUUGCUCUGGAGGAGCCUGCUGUCACAGACUCAGUCAUUGAACGAGGUAGUGGUGGAAACUCUGACUAAACAGCUUUUCCCAAAGAAGACCAGCGGCAUCAAAAGGUUCUUCACACGUAUAUUCAAGCCCAUCACUUCCCUCUUCAAACGUAACUAAAGAACCAUCGAUAUGGGUUUACUCCGAGAACUUCGGUUUCCUCCCACAGUAACAUCAAAUGUUUCAAAAAAUAAAAACAAAAAAACAAAAAAAUUAAAUUUCUUAACUUGAA